UUUGUCCAUUCCCUUGUGGGCUGUAAGGAAUAGUUCUCUUAGUAGCUAUACUUUGCUGGUGCAAGAAUUGUUAUAAAUCCUUCAACAUGAAAGAUGCACCACAAUCAGAAUGAAUAUAUAACAGCACUCCAAAAAUUGAGAAGAGUUUUGGUAAGCACUUAAUUAUAGUUUCAGUAGCCAUAUCUGCACAUGGGAAAGCAAAAAGGAACUUUGAGAAUUCAUCCACAAUGGUUAGAAGAUAUUGGUUCAUUUGUAGCUGAGAGGAGAGGUCCAUAAAAUUAAGGCCCAGUCUCUUAAAGGACUGAAUAGCCUUUAUCACAUGAGUUAGUAUUGGAUUGUAAGGUCUUAGUUCUAUUUUAGCACAUUUAGAGUGUGUAGAGAUCAUUCUUUUGACUUCCUCUACAGAAUAUAAAAGAUUUGGGGGAGGCAUGAAAUGAAGCGUUCAUGUAAUGCUGGGAUGGCACACAUCCUUAUAAAAUACAACCAUCUCAUUACAGUACAAAUUUGGAAAGGUGAGUUAGCAGCAGUAUUGACUUUCUCUAACCUAUAUGUCACAGUGCAGGGUGCUGGGAUGUGGCCAUUGAUUAUACAUUUUGCUCGGACAUAUGCAGUUUAUAUAACAUGGCCAAUUGCUGCAACUGUCGGAUUUAUUGGUUACAACCUUGAAAGCAAGUUUGGUAAAAAUACAAGUGCUGUUGGCAGAUCUGUGACCAUCCAGGAAAGCAGAAAUGAAAGAAAUUUAGAAGAAAUUACCUCCAGUGAUAGUACUAAUGUAGCAAGUUUGAAGUCUAAAGUAGAUUUCCCUAAGACUAUUCUUGGAAGAAAUGAUCCCCAUUAACUAAAACCAACAUAUGGGCAAUUUAUGAAGCAUCCUACCUCCAUGCUGGCAACAAAUUUACAGCCUAUAAUAUACUAUUUCAAUUAUUUCUGUAUAAAAUUCAAUGAUGAAAUUGUUAAAAAAA